ACCUGAUCCUGAGAUUGUUUCUUCAUUGAUAAACAUGCUUAAUGUGCAUCACCGUUUGGUGCACAAAUUUAGAAUUGCACAACAGAGUCUCUGUACUCCUGGUGUUUCUGUUGUCUCGAUUCGUUUUUUGGGCAACGAUGGUGGUGCCCAUGGUACACGUUUUUCUGGCCCUGCUGCUUCUGAAGUGGCUGCCCUUAUUGUUGGUGAUCUGACACCUGAAUGCAGAAGGUUUGACGUCAUUGCCGAGACGCGGUCUGGUUCGUUGAAGCAUAUAUCUUCACUUAAUUGCAACCUUAUGGCUUUACAAUAUCCUAUACUUUUCCCAUAUGGUGACAAGAGCUAUCACCGUGGCAUUAGAUAUGUUCAUGCCAGUGGUUUCCCGGCCACAUGUUAUGCAAAUGUGCAGGCCGAAGGUUGUAUGGACGGCGAAGAUUCCAACGAUGAUGUCGACUGUAAUCCCGAAGAUGCUGGCAUUUCUCGUGGUCAGGUUACCAUGUUGGAGUACUAUAAGUACUAUGCUCACUAUCGUGAAGGCGAGGUGAAUCCUUACACAAGUUGUGGUCGGCUGAGCCAGCAAAUUGCUGUCAAUGCUUACUUUCGUGUGGAGGCUGUUCGUCUAGAGUAUCAUUUCCGUAAGCAACAUAAUCUUCGAUCUGAGACCUAUCAAGGCAUAUCUGAUGCUAUGGGUGAGGGUAAUUCAACUGGCAAAAAUGUUGGUGUGCAGUUUAUACUGCAUGGCAGUUUUACAGGCGGCCCACGGUAUAUGCUUCUGAAUUAUCAUGACGGGAUGGCAAUCUGUCGGCAGUAUGGUGCACCUGAUCUGUUUAUUACUUUUACAUGUAAUCCUAGGUGGCAAGACAUUGCUGAUGCUCUCGCUGCCGAACCUGGACAGACUACGGCUGAUCGUCCUGAUAUUACUACUCGAGUUUUCAGUAUGAAGUAUGAGGAAUUUCUUGAUGGGGUUAAAGAUGGUACCUUUUUUGGUGCCGUUCAAGCAUACUUAUAUGUUGUGGAGUUCCAAAAGAGAGGGCUGCCACAUACGCACACAUUGGUGUGGUUGAAGGCGGAUACCAAAGAUCCUUCUCCUUCGUUUAUAGAUGGACUAAUUUCUGCAGAGCUGCCGGAUCCUUUAGUUGAUCCAUUAGGUUAUGCUCUUGUUGAUGAGUUUAUGGUGCAUGGUCCUUGUGGAGUGUAUAAUAUUAAGUGUGCCUGCAUGAAGAACAAUUGUUGUUCCAAGCGCUUUCCUAAACCGUUGAGCGAGGAUACAAUGGUUGACCAUGUUGGAUAUCCAGUUUACCGUCGACGUGAUACUGGUUUGUAUGUACUUAGACAAAAGGAUUCGCUACGUCUGGGAAAUCAAUGGGUUGUUCCGUAUAAUAUGAAAUUGUUGAAGAGAUUUGAUGCACAUAUAAACGUUGAGUGGUGCAACAAGACGAACUUGUUAAAAUAUUUGUUCAAAUAUCUCACAAAGGGUCAUGAUGUAGUUCGUAUGCAUUUCCACGUUGAAGAUAGACCCCCAGGUGUUUUCACUGUUCCAUGUCCUAUUGGGAGGAAUGAAAUUGACGACUAUAUCAAAUGCAGUUCUCUGUUCGCAGCAAACUGUUUCAAUAUAUUCAAUACACGUCUACGAGUUAUCAUCGAGCGCGGCGGGGUUAGGCUAGUCAGCCUCUACCAUGAGCCGCGCCUCGCUGUUGUGGGCUCGCCGGCGCGGCCACUGCCGCCUUCCUCCGCGGCCUCCACAAGUGCUGGAUAA